CACAUCAAACGUUGGCUUGAAACCCAUCCGAAUAAAUCACUCCAGGAUCAUUAUGAGUUGUUGAAAUCACUUCGAGAAGUCGAAGAAGCAUCAAUAGGACGCGUCGAAAGAGACAAAUGCUUAACUGGAAUAUGCAGUAAUGAAUUGUUUGAGCAUGGGAAGAAAAUACAAAAACGGGAUGGAGCUGUAGAAGUUUUAAAAAGGUAUUCACCAAAAUAUAAAGACGAUAAUGAUCCUAGAUAUUUAUACAUCCUUUCUACCAACUGGUCACGAGAUAUGCUACUGGGUAGCUUAACGGAUUUUGUGGAAAUCGAGAAAGAACAUAUUAUUUCGAAUGACCUUAUUUUCGAUGGAGAUCUUGCAAAUGGAAGGGUAGAGAGGACAGUAUUAUCAGCUUUUGAUAAACUUAAAAUAUUUAGAAGUUUGGAAAUUCCUAAGGGAACUGUAUCAGUUUACAUUGGCGAUUCCGAUACAGAUUUGCCAUGCAUGUUGGAAGCUCAUAUAGGAAUCAUAAUGGGGAGUAACGGAAAAUUGACUGAAUCCUGCAAAAAAUUUGAGAUUGUAGUUGUUGACGGAUUAGUAGGAAAAAUAAACAUGGAGGACUUUAGUUCAAUGAAAAAGCAACGUAAUCAACUUUUUAGGGUUCAAGAGUGGAAGGAAAUAUUUGAUAGUAGAUUGUUGGACAG